AUGGCUGCAGCCAGCCAGCCAUCACAAGCACAUCGGCUGUCGGCGUUCGAGGAGCUGAUCGCCAGCGUGCCCGCGGUGCUGGAGGCGCUGCCGGACGAGUCCCGGCGUGCGGUGGCGGCGACGUCGUGGGCGGCGCUGCUGUCGACCCUCGAACACACACCGUUCGUGCUCAACGUGUUCGAUGACAUCCGCGAGAAAGGCGAGCCCGCGGUGCUGCUUGGGCUGGCUAAGCGGAUGAAGCGACGCAGCGCGGCGGUACCGGGCAGCGUGCGACUGGGACAUCCGUACGGCUUCGAGCGCCCGCACGCGACAUUCGCCGCUGAUGACGCUGCCGCGCUCGUCACGGUAGGAGAGCGACUCGCAACGUGGUCGACGGCGUACUUCGUCAUCGAUCUCGAGAAGUUCGGAGAGAAGGCGGAGGCGGCUGGAGUUCCGCUGCGGAUGCGGACGUUUUCUGGCACGCUCGACAACGAGGCCAAAAGCAGGCCCCCGUUGGGACAGUCGUUGUACAGGCCAGCGACCGAGACGAUGCUUCGGCUGCUCGCGCACCCGCGAACGCAACAGGAUCUGCGCGCGCUGCGCCUGUACCAUUUCGGUCUCAACCAAACGGCCGGGGACCUGGCGCAGCACCUUGCCAAGGUCAGCAACUUGGAGCGGUUGGAAAUCACGAGGUCUUUCCACAUGAAGGGCGUCGGCGAAAUCUGUCCGGCCCUGCAGGGUCUACGGAGGCUCCGCAAGGUCGAGCUGAGCGUCAACACUGCCUGGUGCCCCGUGUUCGGACCUAAGUCGGAAUUUGUUGCAGCAAUGAAGCUGCUGCGCGUCAACGCAAGCAUCGAGGACUUCCACCUGGGCGGCUUUGGUGGCUUGUCCAAGGAUGAGGCUGUGGCGAUCGAGGAGAUGCUGCGGACCAACACGACGCUGCGGAGGCUGGGGCUUUGUUGGAACAGCUCAUCCCGGCCUCCGUGGUCUCCGAAGGCCUGCGAAGUCGGCGAGGCCAUCGGAGCGGGACUGAGGUCGAAUGAGACGCUGGCGUAUCUCAGUCUCAGCGGCGGCGACUUCUUCGUGAGCGACGGCGGCGUGGCGUUCGCUCAAGGCCUGGCGAAGAACAGGACGCUGCAGGAGCUGCGCCUGUCUGACACGAUGCUUGACGCCGAAGGGCUGGCUUCGCUGGGGCCGGCGGUGGCGCAGAGCGACGCGCUAUCACUCAUCCACCUGCGCGGAGAGCCGGGAGCAGGACGGGGCGUGAACGCGUUCGCACAGGCGCUCAAGGAGAGGUCGUCCGUCACGUCGCUCACGCUCAUCGGCUGUUGCGUGUGCGAGGACGGGGUGAGCGGGCUCGCGGAGGCGAUCGGGAAGGACGGGGCGCUGGGCAAGACACUGCGAGAGCUGGAUCUUAGCAGCAAUGAUGAUGUUGCGGCCGAGGAGGCCGUGGAGCUAGGGGAGGCACUACGGAGCAACGAGACGCUGCGCACGCUGUGCCUGGAUCACUGCUCGAUCAAGGACGCGGGCGCGGCGGCGAUUGCGUCGGCGCUCGCGCACGGCUGCAAGGUCGAGAGGCUGCACAUGCGGAACUGCGGUGUACGCGAUAGCGGAGCAGAGGCGCUGGCGGAGGCCCUGCGGACGAACACGACGCUGCGCACACUGAGCCUCGAUCGCAACGAUAUCACGCGUGUCGGGGGCGGGGCGUUGGCUGAGGCGCUGGGCGCGGGCUCGGCGCUCGAGGAACUGCGCUUGACGUAUAUGCCUUCCCGCGACCGACCGUCGGAUUGCAUGAAUGAUGGCGUGGCGCGGGCGUUUGUACGUGCGAAGAAGCGCGGAGCGCGGCUGCGCGUGAUCGAGGACGAACGGAAGCUACACGCCCGAAAGAGCACACUGACGGCGCUCCAGACGCUCGGUUGCACUGUUGUCUCCAGGUGA